CCCUGAGGAGGGACUUCCGGGUUUACAGUCAGAUUWGCUCCACAGCUCAGAAAGCAGCUUUCCACGACCUUUUUUCUUAUUUUGUGUUUUUUGCCCGCAGUGUUUGAUAAAAUUAAAUAUUUAGAAACAUUUUUGACCAAAGUGAGCUGCUAAGAGAACCGUUGUCGUCCGGACCGGACUUUGCGGUACCAGGAAACAUGUCCGCCUCAGCUGGAUGCUCUCCGUCGGGACACAGCCCAGGCCUCGGCCCGGCGGUGUCCAUGUUUCGAUGGCUGGAGGUUCUGGAGAAAGAGUUCGACAAGGCCUUUGUGGACGUGGACCUGCUCCUCGGGGAGAUAGACCCGGACCAGGUGGACAUCACCUACGAGGGUCGGCAGAAGAUGACCAGUCUGAGUUCCUGCUUCGCCCAGCUCUGUCACAAGACCCAGACCGUGUUCCAGCUCAACCACAAGCUGGAGGCGCAGCUGGUGGACCUCCAUUCUGAGUUGACGGAUGUUAAAGCUGAGAAGACGGUGGUAGAAAAGGAGGUCCACGACCUGCUUCUGCAGCUUCAUGCUCUGCAGCUGCAGCUCCGGGUCCAACAAGGACAAGCUGAGGACUCUGACAGCAUCAAAGACAAACUGCCUGCAUCCACAUUAGAACAAAUGGAGCAGGAGCUGGAGGCCAGUAAGAAGGACAAGUUGGCCGAGGCCAGGCUCGAGGCCGAAGUUCGGCUGUUUAAGAAGGAAAAUGAAGCCCUUCGCAGACACAUCGCAGUCCUGCAGGCUGAGGUCUACGGAGCCAGACUGGCAGCCAAAUACCUGGACAAGGAGCUGGCUGGCAGGGUCCAACAGAUCCAGCUAUUGGGUCGGGACAUGAAAGGACCGGCCCAUGACAAGUUGUGGAACCAGCUGGAAGCAGAGAUUCACCUCCAUCGUCACAAGACUGUGAUCCGAGCGUGUAGAGGUCGCAGUGAUCCAAAGAAACCUCUUCCUUCUCCUGCGGGUCAUGACCAAGARGCCCUGAAGAAGAGCCAGGGAGUGGGUCCCAUCAGGAAGGUGYUUUUAGUCAAGGAGGAUCAUGAAGGCCUGGGAAUCUCCAUCACAGGGGGGAAGGAGCACGGUGUCCCCAUCCUGAUCUCAGAGAUCCAUCCUGGUCAGCCUGCAGACCGGUGUGGAGGUCUCCAUGUGGGAGAUGCUAUUCUGGCCGUCAACAGCAUCAACCUGAGAGACGCUAAACACAAAGAGGCUGUGACCAUUCUGUCCCAGCAGCGAGGACAGAUCGAGUUUGAGGUGGUGUACGUGGCUCCAGAGGUGGACAGUGAUGAUGAGAACGUGGAGUACGAGGACGAUAACGGUCAUCGGUACCGACUCUACCUGGAUGAGCUGGAGGACAGCAGUGGAGCCCCGCCCCCCGCCCUGCAGGCUCUGGAGAAGAUGACCCUGAGGAACGGAGCGGAGAACGGAAACCCCGGGGUCUCCACAGAGACCAGUCCAGAGGAGCCUCCUUCAACCUGCUCCUCAUAGCURCACCCUGAGCUGACACACAUGAACUGAAGUGGACCAGACCCAGUUCCACUCUGGGUCCAUGGAGUCUGUGGUCAGCUAGAGGUURUGGAGGACAGAUGUGAAGAAUGAACAUCUGUUUAGUGCAGGAGAGCCUCCUGCUGAGGGUUCAGCUUCACUUUCUUUCUUCAGCUGAUCRGACAGUGAGAUUCACUCUGAGCCCGGAACAGAACCAAAACCUCUGUUCUGGACUUUAGAACCUUUGUGCAAUCUUUGAACUGAAACCAUUAAAAUGUGUUGUAGUUAGCUCCUCUGUCAUAUUUAGUUUUUUAUUUCCUCCCACAUGUUGUCCUGAAGCUCUGAGCUCUGCUGGUUCACCAUCUCUGCUUCUUUUUAUAGCUGUUUUCUUUGUCAAUGAGAACAAACAGCAUCAUGUAUCUAUCAUUAUAUAUCUAUGUGCACACAGGUCAACAUACACAUGAUCUGUGUUGAGUUCUAGAUGGACCGGUUCUGACUCCGUUUGAAUGAAAUAUUUAGAGUUGGUGAAUAAAGACUGUCUCCAGCUGGACUCUAGUCCUGAAUGAGUCAUUUGACCCACUUUGAGUCCAGAUCUGUCCUCUGCAGUGUCUCUGCCUGUGAAAUAAAAGCACCUUUCUUCUGUC